UUGACGACGUGCGCGUUACAAACUUGGCUAACAGCUGAAAGCGAACAGAAGUUUUUCGAACGAACCAACGAAAACGACGGAAAUGAAGUUGGCUAAGAAGUGCUCCACCUACUUGGUGAUAUGCCUGGUUCUGCUGGCUUGCUGCUUGCAGGAAUCGGAGGCCACGCGACGCGUGAACCGCGGUCGUCGCACCCUCACCCGCAGAUACUUUAGUGGCCUUGGCAUUCCCGGCUGGGCUCUGAUCGUCUGCAUUGCCGUGGCUGAGCUGCUGAUUGGCGGAGCCCUCUACUUCAUCCUGAAGAAGGUGAUCCUGGACAAGGAGCCCGAUCAGACGGCCACUUCCUAUACACCCGCCAAGACUCACGAGACGGCCCCAACAUAUACUCCUGCCCAGACGCAUGAGACGGCCAAUGUGACUCCCACGCCAACUUCGCAUGCCACCGAAAUCGCUUGAAGAGGAGGUCUCUAGCCGGAAGUUCAAAGCCCCAUCCUAAACAGUUCAGUUCCAACUCCGCCAUAAACUAGCUUUAUUGUCAUUUAAUUAACACACAUGCAAACAGAACAUGUAGGUUCUGUGCCCUUUUUUGCCUUCAUUUUCGAAUAAAAUCAUUUGUCGCUAAUCUGGCGCCAAACUA